AUGGAACAAAGUGUCUUGGAAGUGCUCCGCCGGCUGACGUACGGCUCUCCGAAUCCGCCAGUCCCUGCGCCAUUCUCACAGGCGGUGCUGAAUGUUUUCCUCACAAGGACGUCGCCAGCUGCACGGAGCUUCGCAAGCAGCCUCGUCUCCGCUGGGAACCUCACUGAAGUCCUGCUGGCCGGGGCUGUCCUUCUUGCGGAGACAGAGCAAAUUCGGACUGUGAUCCUCGAAACGGUGGCCGAGAUAGAUCCAAACUAUCCGGCCCGACGUGUCGACGCCGCCUCACAGCAAAUUGCAUUGGCCAGUCGCAUCUACAAGGAGUCGCUCCUGCAUCAUUUUGGCUUCAGUGAAUCGACGUUCGAACGGGACAACGCCAUAGCCGAGUUCGAAGCCCGUCUCGUCGCGAUCCAGGAUCUUGGUGGCGAGCUCGGCGGCAUCGUCCGUGACCGGCUGGACUUGCUGGCACAAAUGAGCAAUGUCCAAGAGAAAUGGCUGGUCUUCAAGGACCAUGCUUCGUCCCCCACGGCGCAGGAGCUUUCAUCGAUGUCCCGAGCUCUUGAUGCACUGCAGGAGGAGUUGUCCGCGGCACUGCCAAUGCUGGCCGUGAAGGAUGACGAACCGAUUCCCAAGUUUCCUUGGCCGGCUGUGAUCUAUGUCAGCGUCGGCGUGGGCUUGGUGCUCUGCGUCUGCUGUUCUAUUGCUGUUGUGCAAUAUCGAUCGCGGGCAAAGCAAGACCGGAACAAGAACGGAGUGCAUGGCAUAGCAGAUGGGGUCUAG